AUGAGCGAAGAAACACCAGAAGAGAUUAUAAACAAUGUCUUAAGAGAUGUCCCUUGCGGAGCAAAUGGGUGGGAACGUGUCGAGAAUGUUAUUAAACCCCCUCCUUUUUAUCUCCAGAUGUAUAUUAAACGCACUUCCAAUAUUCUUACAUUAUGUUCUGAAGCACUUUUGCCAUAUAGUUAUGAACAAACAUCAACAGAAAUGAGAAACAUCGAGCUUCUCAUGUCUUUUACUAAUGUUAUUAAAACAGUUAAAAAGAUAGAAAACAAGUUAGAAAUAGUCAUUCUGUCUGAUAUCCUUCAAAUCAAUCAAACAGUGUUUUGCAAUUACUCAUACACCGAAUUUAAAGAUAUCUCCCUCACUGUUGCUCUUCGAAAUCAUUUUUCAAUUGGCCCAUUUGUCCACUUUGUCAACUUAUGCAGAAAAGAACAAAGCGGUGUGAAAUACACGCUCUACUGUAAUAUCCAAAACCAACUCAGAAACGACCAAAUCGACUUCUUAUUCUCUAUGUUUGGGUACUCCAUUAGUUUCUUAAACGAACAUUUGGCACACGACGCCGAAGGGCAUUUCAUAUUAUCCAAUUUUAAAAGGUUUAACCAAGUCAUUGAUAACAAAGUCACCCUUCCAAAGGUUUUACACCAAAAUGAAAUCUUCGACAUCUUUGCGACUAACGACUACUCGGAAUUAAUCAUCAAGGGUAGAAUCUUUUUGCCCCUCAUUUCCUUCCAACAACUCUGUACUAAGUAUAACAACUACAUCUCAUCGAACUCUUUUCUAUUCCCUAUAGUAAAACAAAUUAAAAAGACGGGGAGACUCAGUUAUAUACAUAAAGAGACCCCAUUUCUUGGAUUCUCCAAUUCUAUGACAGACCAAGUCUAUGGUUCACUGUUGGCAGAAAGAGGGCUCUUCGUGUUUUGUCAAAGUGUCCCAUGUAAAGAUUGCACAUUUGCGUCGAAAGAGGCGCACUCCUAUUUUGAAGAUCUGAUCUCCGGCGAAAUGGUGUCUUGGGUCGGCCACCGACUCGAAGCCAAUUUUUAUCACCAUUGGUCCACCCCAACAUUAAAAAUGGUCGACAAAACUAAGAGAGGGAUAUGCGUCAUGUCGCUGAUAUCAACUUUUUUGUUGUCGAGAAUCAUCAUGUUGUAUGGGCUGAAUAUCACAGUUCCUUCACUUAAGGAGAAUUUGCUGUUACAAUUGAUCGACGUUUGCUCUUACACCAAUUUGGUCAACAAAUAUGUCAUAGAAGACAGAACAAAAAAGAUGAAAGAAGCAAAAAUUGUGCAACAGAAUGAAACAGUCGCGUCUUCUUUCAACUUGUUGGCUUUAAGCGCACAACUUAAAGAACAUAUAUUCGACUUCUUACCACUCGAAAGUCUUCUAAGCCUCUCUUUGUGCUGUAAAACACUCAAGUUACAAAUAUUAAGCAACACCAACCGAUUCGAAACAUUCUUUGAACUCCACUUCAACCCUAAUACAUUUUUCCUUAAAAAAGAACGAAUUCUAGAAACACAACAAGAGACGAGUCAAAACAAUUACAAAACAGUUUCUCUGGCUAAAUUCAACCAAGUGAAGUGGACGCGACGACUUACAAAGACAGUGGAACGGUUUCAAAUUUUUAAUAACAGUCCGGUGGACGGUCUUUUCAUCACAAAUUCAAAGGGGUAUUUAGCUCUCUCCACUUUAGAGCAGAAAUGCAUAUCAAUGCCAUCAGAUAUGUCUCGAAAAACUGUUUUAAAGACCCAGUGUAAUUCCCCAAAAGCUCAAUACAACCGUGCAGAUAAUUACAUACAAUUUCCAUAUAGUGAUACUGAGUUCUGUAGAGUCUCUUUUAAUACCAACAGAUAUGAGCUAUUUACCAUUCCCAAAUUUCAGGACUUCAAUUUUAUUAGUGACAAUUGUUUAGUCGCGAAGAACGAAAUGGAAGGGUACAUCUAUGACACGGCCGUUUCUCGUAUCGUCCAAGUAUUCCAUCCAACAAACAGUCCAAUAAAAUUGCUCAAUGAAGCCGACAAUGGCAACAUUAUCUGUAUCGACUCCAAUCGAAAAUUGACCGGGUUCGAUCGUCGAGCAAAUCAAGUCGUUUUUCACACACCACAACGGGAGUACACACCACUCCUAUUUGACUCCUUUGGCAAUUUUUUAGUCUAUGGGACAGACUGUGGUAAUAUAGUGAUGUAUGACCAACGGAUGAAUCAGAUCUGUGCCGAGCGUAUUUUCUUCAAGUCGCCUAUAACGACGCUUCACAUUGGAAAUCGUCGUGGAGUGUUUGGGACGUCCUUUCGUUCUCUUGUGUAUAUCAACUGUUACCCGGGCUGGUUCGGAUUGAAGCGCACACUACUCAGAUCAAAUUAUUUAGUCACUUCCAUCGCACUCAACGACGAGCAAAUCGUCGCAGGUCUAUCAAACGGUGAAAUAGUUCGAUUCUCAUAA